ACUGAGAUUUCGAGCUAGAUAGAUCAGACAAGUUUCGCUAGCAUAGAUGCUAACGUUAGCUUGCCGGUGUGAAUGCUAUUUAUUUCGUUUAAAUUCGCGAGUAUAGUUAACUAACGGUAUAAUUUAAUGAAUCACAUGCUGGCUAACCUCGUGGUUACUGCGACCAAGUCAAUUAAUCUAUUUCAAAUACCACCAAAGAGAAGGACCCCAUAGAACUUUGCCUCGUUUCUCCCCUCAAGAACAUCUAAUUUCUGCCUUGCAUUUUCCAUCUUUCAACUGUCACCCAAAAAGGCCUUUCAGGCUACCUAUUAGCCCUGUAUUCUGGAAACACUUUGUUUUUUAGCAUAAAACAUGUCAGAACCAGAAGUGUUAACAGAGGUCCCAGCGUCUCUGAAGCGUCUGGCCAAGCAGGUUGUCCGGGGCUUCUACGGUGUGGAGCAUGCGCUGGCCCUGGAUGUCCUCAUACGUAACCCCUGUGUCCGUGAGGAGGACAUGCUGGAGCUGCUCAAGUUCGACCGCAAGCAGCUGCGCUCGGUGCUCAACACGCUGAAGGGGGACAAGUUCGUCAAGUGCCGCAUGCGGGUGGAGACAGCGCCGGAUGGAAAGACCACGCGCCACAACUACUACUUCAUAAACUACCGGCUGCUGGUCAACGUGGUCAAGUACAAGCUGGAUCACAUGCGGCGGCGCAUCGAGACGGACGAGAGGGACUCGACCAACCGGGCAUCAUUCCGCUGUCCCUGCUGCUUCAGCACCUUCACUGAUCUGGAGGCCAAUCAGUUGUUUGACCCCAUGACAGGGACGUUUCGCUGCACCUUCUGUCAGACUGAGGUGGAGGAGGAUGAGUCUGCGGUGCCUAAGAAGGACGCCCGGACCCUGGUGGCCCGUUUCAACGAGCAGAUCGAGCCCAUAUAUGUGCUGCUCAGGGAGACCGAGGAUGUUCACCUGUCCAACGACCUGCUGGAGCCCGAACCCGGCGAGAUCCCUGCCCUGAAACAGAGUCGGGACCGCGCGGCCGCAGCAGCGGGGACGGCAGCUGGCGGCCACCACCGUGAGGCCUGGUCCACCAAGGGUUCGACGUAUGCAGACAUGUACACCCAGAACGUGGAGAUCAGCAUGGGGGAGCAGGAGGAGCACCAGAGGAGGCUGGCCAGUGAGGGCAAAGCUCCCAGGGAGAGGCCCGUCUGGCUGACGGAGAGCACCGUGCACGGAGGGACGUACAGUGAUCCAGACCCACUUAAGAAUGCCGGAGAAGACGCGGCAGGAUCUCAGACGGGUGCAGCCGGACUUGGCGGUGGCCAAUUGGACGAGAACGAGGAAGUGAUGCGGGCCCUGCUCAUCCAUGAGAAGCGAAGUGGCGCUGGGCCGGCAGGAAGCGGGGCCGGAGCGGCAGCCAGGGCUCUCACUUCCUCGUCAGCAGCCAACGCCAGCGACUCGGAGAGUGACACCAGCGAAUCAGACGAGGACUCACCGGGGGCUCCACCGCCUGUGGCUCACGCCACGGUCCAGCGGCGGCCGACGGGCAUGGAGAUGGAGGAUGACGAUGACGACGAAGAGUUUGAGGAGGUGGGGGACGAUGAGCCCAUGGUGACGGUAGGAGGGAGGUCCUUCUCCUACCGGGAGGUCAGCCAGAGACCUGAGCUGGUGGACCAGAUGAGCUCUCAGGAGAAAGAGGCUUACAUCGAGAUGGGGCAGAACCUCUUCCAAGACAUGUACUUCUGACUGAACACACGCUGUCCUUACUGGGGUCUGACCCCCCCCCCCCCCCCCCCUUUGGUUGAAACAAACAUCAUUAUGUAUCCAGAGUUGCAUGUGUUUUUUCAAGCAAUUGCCAUAUUUUCAAGCUAUAGCAAAAAAAAAAAAAAAAAUCUGCAUGUCCUGACAGGACCAACAGUGUUGGUGUGGUUUUUGUUUGGAAGAAUGAAAUCUUGCCUUACUGGAUGGGCACAGCCUCUCCCUGAACCCUCCUCAUUGUCAUCCAACCAUCCCUUCUCUUUUCCUUACAUCCAUCACUCUUUCCCUUUCUCCUCAGCGCUCCGCACUGUACAUUAUUUAUUUCUCCUCUUUCCAUCUACACACAGCUCACACACAGACAAUCUCCCCCCUUUUUUUGUCCUAUGAGGGGAUUUUUUUUCCCUCCCUUGGCUCCUUCCACAGAGAAAGGGACGACUCUGGAAGCGAAUAAUACCGGCUUUGAUGUUACCGCGGUAACCCCCGGGACAGGGUGACCGGGCCCUUUAUCUGUGGUGUGGGGGUGACAUUUGCCGAGCGUGUGUGGCUUGUUUCUUCUUCUCCGGGAUGCGACAGUACACGGCAGUGUGUCUGUAGCGGUCUAUGUGGGAGUCACGGUGCAUGGGGAACUCCUUUUGUCAGUGUUGUUUUUAUUUAAACAUUGGGAGAAAGAAGACUGAUUUAAGAUAUUGAAAUGUCUUUAACUUUGUUUUAUAUAACCUUUUGAAAUAUAAACGAAUAAAUGUGCCAAGAGUGUCUUGAUUCUCACGUCGAGGCUGAACGUGAACAUUGACUGCACAGGCUGGUAUUUCUUUUUCCUUUUUUCUCUACUUUGGUUCUGAACAGUACUUUUUUUGUCUGUAGUUAAACCUGUCAGUGGAGGGCCCUUUGUCCCCCACUUAGAGCUCAAUGAUUUGUAAUGCUUCUGCAAUAAAACCGAUGGUAUUUUUUUGAUGA